AUGACUAGUACCUUCUUUGUCAGUCAUCGUGGAGAUGAUCUCAAUACUUGUGAUACCUGGGCUAUGUCAUGUCGUACUGUGCGACAUGCAGUGAAGAUGUCCAAUGAUGGAGAUCAAAUUUACAUUGAUUAUGCUCAAAAAAAACCAUAUAUGGAAUGUGAAAAUCAGACGCUAUCAAAUUGCUCCAUCGACUUGAAAAAAUCUGUUUCAUUUUAUGGUUACAAUGGAAAAGCUGAGAUUCGAUGCACUAAACGGUAUGUCCUUUUUAAUAUAACGAGCUCAAGUCUUAAUAAAACGCGAGUCAAAUUCUCCAACUUGGUCAUAUCAAAUUCAAAUAUUGUAGCUCGGCUUGACGUAGGAUCCAGGUCGGAAUUAUUGUUUCAGAAUACGCUAGUCAAAAAUAACAUAUUUGGUAUAUACAGCAAAUAUUCGAAUGAUUGCUCCAUUCUAAUAACCAACUCAAGUUUUAAACAUAAUUCCCAUGGAGGAACAUUUCUGCAAUGUCUUAAUAUCACCGCACAGAUUACGUCCAGUAUCUUCAAAUUAACUCCUGUGUUGUUCGCAAACAUUCGUAAUCAACCACCACACUGGCAAAACAUGAGGGUCUUGGUUCGAAGGACAGUCGUGGACGGUGAGAAUACUCAAAUGUGUACCGAUAUGUUUGCAAUACAGCCGUUUGCAGCUACACUCAAUGUCACAAUAACUGACUCACAAUUCAAAAAUCAUGUCGCAAAUUGCAAAUACAAAGAUAAAAUUUCUACCUUACACAUUCAUGGCAAUCAUUCAAAUAUUAUCCAAACACAUUCAAAUAUAUUUUUGGGUAAUCUGUUGAUCGAAAAUAACUACAACAACUGGGCUACACUUACAUUAGCUACACGUUAUCAGAAUUCAACUGCAGUGGAAGUUAUUAUGCGAGACAGUACAUUUAGGAAUAAUUCGUUAGCACUUCGAGUGAGCCCCUACUAUGAUGGCAAGUAUCCAGUCAAACCUCCCACAAUAUUUCUUGAGAAUAAUACGUUCGUUGAUAAUAUUUAUGAACAGUUCAAACCAAAUGGCGCAGCAGCAAUUCACUUUUCGAAUGGCAAAAGCAAGGUAUCUGCAUGUCGUUUCUUUGACAACAAGGCUGGUAGAAAUCCUUACACGGGUGUAGUGACAAUUUCUGAAUUGGCAACCGUUACAUUUUUAAAUUCUUAUUUUGAAAACCGACAGACUGAAGAGGAGACGAAUCAGCUGUUUUCAUUAGGAAACGAGUGGGUUAAAUUUAUUGGCAAUAAUACUAUUAAUUUAGUCGCCUUGAAAAAGACGCAAUCAGUUUUCGUUCGCAUACCAACAGCCACAAACGCUGCGGUGAUUAUUGCGAAGAACUUUACGAUUUUAUGUCCACAAGGCUACAAAUUAAACCUGAAACGAUCUUGCACAGUUAUCAAGGACCGAAAUACGUACAAGUGUUAUUAUAUCAAUGUUCUAUGUGAGCAGUGUCCAACGAAAACCUACACACUCGAAAGAGGCGACCUUGUUUUUAACAAGAGUAAUAACAUCCAAUGUCAGCAAUGCCCUCGAGGAGGGAAUUGUGAUAGAGGACUGGUCACAGUCAAACCUACCUUUUGGGGAUACAGAAGUAAGAUGAAAGUUCGUUUUGUUCAAUGUCCACCAGGAUAUUGCUGCGAGUCCGAAGACUGCGUCUCCUACGAUAGUUGCCAUGGAAACAGAUCUGGUACAAUUUGCGGUCAAUGUCCUGAAGGAAUGUCGGAAAGUUUGUUCUCCACACAAUGUGUAUCAAACACAAAAUGCUCCUUAAAUUACUUUUUUAUCCUUGGAGUGAUUUCAUUAUUCGUUCUAUAUCUUGUCUUCUUCCUUUUCCAUAAAGAAAUUCUGAGAUUUCUUCGAAACAGUUUAUUUAGAAACCGCUUAUCGUCUUCAAUUAGUAGAAGAACCGAGCAACGAAACACUGAUGGUAAUACAUCUUCAUCCAGCGGGAUGAUUAAGAUAUUCUUCUAUUACUAUCAAGUUUGUCAUUUUCUAAGACGUUCUGUAGGUUCUUCUAAAAGGGGUGAGUUACUUCAUAAUUUUGAGGAUGUUAUCUCUAGGGUAAUGAAUAUGGUUGUAAUAAAUCUUCCAUCUUUUAAUUGUCCUUUGAAAAACCUUCGCCCUGUUCCUAAGAUAGUCGUACUACAUUCCGUAGGAUAUUGCCUUCUUGGACUACUCUUUCUUCUCCAUCUGUUCAACAAGUUGUUUGUGAUGUCUAGAAGAUUAAAGCGAGGUAGCGAUAGAGGAACAUCGUUGGAAUAUAUUGCUGCAAAUUCUAAUCAAACAAGUAGUGGUUCAAAAUCGUCAUUUUCCAAGCGACUGCUUUCCGCUUUCACAUACAUUUCCUUAUUAAUGUAUGCUUCCUCAGCUCAACUCUGCCUCUCCUUGCUUCAUUGUGUACCAGUUGGUGAAGAUCAAGUUGUAUUUCUCGAUGGUAACAUAAAAUGUUACCAAACAUUUCAAUAUUUUCUUCUAGCUUACGUGAUUUCUUCCAUACUUCCAUUCUGUUUAGUUCCUGUUCUCGGCUCGUAUCUUUUAAAGUUUGGUCGAAUUGGUGUUAAACAAUUUUGUGCGGCUUGCAUCUUCCCUCUGCCAUUUUGCUGUUUUUGGAUGUACUUGUUGCUUAAGAACUGUGGAAAUCAGGCACCAAUACAACAAAAUAAUAAUGUAGAAAUAGACGAACGACGUAAUAACGAUACAGAAAGUCUUGGCAGUGAAGAUAUUUCGUUUGCAUGCACUGAUGGCAAUGAGGCCACCUCCGAGAAAUGUGAAUCAGCCAUUCUUGGUGUUUUAUUGGGACCAUUUAGACCUCACCAAGUUUUUGUGUGUUUUCCUGCUUCACGUAUUCCUUGGGAAGGUUUUCUUAUAUUCCGUAGAUUGGUCUUGAUUAUUGUGUUGACUUUCGUCUACGACAUUCAGCUCAGAUUGUUUCUAGCCUUAACAUUGUGUGUUGCCAUUCUAAUCUUCCACAUGUUUGUGAAUCCUUUUCUGAGAAAAUGUGAAAACAUCCUGGAAUCUUUUUCUCUUGGUGCACACGUAGUCCUGUGUUGUUUAACUUUACUAAGAGCUCUGUAUUAUGGUGAAGAUUAUUCUUUUUCAAAAAGUCUGCCUCUAUUGAAUGCAAUUGAGAAGAUUCUCAUAGUCGCUCCGUUGUCAGUCAUUAUCAUUGUUGUUGCUCUUUGCGUUGUCGUGAAGUUGGCAUUUGGUGUAAAGUUCUGUAUAUCAGUAUUCAUUCGAAGUGUUAGUAGACUUGUAAGGUUUGCAGUGUAA